UCAAUUACACCCAAAAAUCCCCCCCCCCCCAAAUAUCCAUCUUUCUUUAUAAAAAUCUAGGGUUUACCUAAGUAACGCUAUCCCCUAUAUUUCCUAUAAAUAUCCUAAUUUUCCUUUCAUUUUAAGGGUUUUCAGGGUUUUGAUUUUCUUCGAAUUGGAUUUUUUUGCUUUGUUUUGUGUUUUUGAAUAAUUAGUAAGUUUUAGCGAUUGGUGUUUGGUUAACGAGAAAGUUAUGGCUACGACCGGAGAAGAAGUGGAGUACGAGAGUGAUCCAGAGGAGGUAAAGCGUUCACUGGCAAUGCGGAGGAGAGAGGCGGCGAGUGAUGAUGAGGAUAAUAAUACUGAACCGAGGAUGGAUCGAAAGACUGUGGUUCAUUCCGAUGAAUCCGACGGCCAGGGAGGUGCUGCAGAUUAUGAUGAUGGCGAAGAAGAAUUGGACUUAGAAGAAUCUUAUGAUGAAGAAGAGGAAGAGGAAGAAGAAAUUUAUGAAGAGGGGGUAGAGAAAGUAGGGAAAACAGUGUUGCAAAGGAAUUUGGAUGAAAUUGGAGAAGAUUUGAAGGAAGCCGUGGUGAGUGAUGUGAAUUGGAGUUAUACGGAUGAGGAAGACGUGGAUGUGGAGAUUAAUGAUAACAAUGAUAAUCAUGUUGAAGAGAAGGAUGAAAAGGAAAAGGAGAAUGAGCCAUUUGCUGUGCCAACUGCUGGUGCAUUCUAUAUGCAUGAUGAUCGCUUUCGAGAGAAUGUUGGCGGUCGUCGUAGGCGAACACGUGGUGGAAGAAAACUGUGGGAAUCCAAAGAUGAUAGGAAAUGGGGACAUGACAAGUUUGAGGAAAUGACUCUGCAAGAAAAACAUUAUCAAGAGGGAAGAUCUUCUAGAGGUAGAUAUCGAGCUCGGAGUAAAAAUCAGGGUCCAGAUCAUGGUUAUCCUAGGGGAAGUAGGUCCAAAGCAUUUGGGAAGAAAAACAAUCAGAACCAGCCUCCGAAGUCUGUGAGAGGGAGAGGACCCAGGAAGUAUGAACCUACUAUGAAAAACAGCAAUCAGGCACCUCCAACACGGAACAGAUCAUCUGGAAAACCUCUUGAGAGAACUUCACAGGCCCCUUCAAGUGGAGUUUUCACGCAUGCAACAAAUGCAGAUGCUGCAUCGGUUCCUUCUAGGAAACAUGUUUUUGCAUCAAGCUUGAGUUCUGCUUCCCCACCUUUUUAUCCAUCUGGGUCUUCCAACAAAGACGUUACUGUGACUCAGAAGGACAUGCAAGCUGGAAGCAUGAGCAGGAAUCUUCGCCCUUCUGUUACAGAUGGGAAUUAUUCUGUGUCACAAUCCAAGUCAUUAAGAGGGAAGAAUGCACUUGAUUCUGUCAACAUGGCAAAGCUUUGUAUAGAUGAUUCCCGUUGGUCAACUUCUGUGAAGCCUUUGAACAAUGUGCAAAUGCUACCUUCUGGAUCUUCAUUGGGUAAUACUGGUCAACACUCUCAAUCCAGGGUUCAGGUUAGAGGCACACCUAUCCCAGGACAGAAGUCUUAUCAGUCUGCUCCACGGCAGAACCAAGUCAACAAAGUUUCUCCACAAAUGCAGGUCAAUGCUGUUCAGAGAAGUCCUGUUCAAGGCUGGGCUCAGUCUUCUGUACAAGCGGCUAUUCAGCAAUUGGGCCAGCAUCCUGGUAUUGGGUCUCAAGCUUCCUCUCCACCAAAAACAGCUAUGUCAGUCAAUUCAAAUGAAUCUGGAGAGGUUGACUCUUCAGAAACAAGUAGAUCCAAGGAUGCAUUGGUGAGCAAAGGGAAAAACAGUGUUCAAGGAGCUGGAAGGGGCUCUUUUAUGUACGGUGGAGCUCAGAUCAUGGGGGCUACAGGGAAUAUUGCUGUCCACAAUGGUGAUCAAAACUUUCCUGCCUUUUUGCCAGUUAUGCAAUUUGGAGGUCAGCACCCCAGUGGCCUUAGUGUUCCUGCAGUUGGCAUGGCAUUUCCUGGAUAUGUUGCCCAGUCCCAAAAUGGUUUGGGAAGUUCAGAAAUGACAUGGCUACCAGUAUUGACGGGUGGUGCUGGGGCUUUAGGCGCAACAUUUUGUCCACCUUAUAUUCCUGUUGACGGGGCUUAUCAUGCCCGUUCUUCAGGACAGACGUCUUCAACAGGAUCCUCAAGCAAAGAAAAUACUUCUAGCAAACCCAUUAAUGAAUGGAAGCCUUCUCAGGAACCUGAGCUUGUGAAUGAUGACUAUGGUGAACGACAAAAUAACCCAAAUAAGCAACCUCGCAGAUAUUCAGAGAUGAGCUUUAGCAAGUGAUUUACUAUAGAUGGAGCCUGUCCCAAUAAACUGAUAAAGGCCUUUUCUUCAAGGCCUUUGGCGAUCUCCAGCUUUUGACCCGGACCACUUUGGCUGCAAUUUGUUUCUGGAUAUUGUAGAGUUAUAAAUGACAAACACCUGCUCAUGCUACAUCGAGUUUCAAGAAUAUUAUCGUGGCUUGACGGGUGGAUCUCCCUCGUUUAAAUAUAUGGCUUUUGCUUGUGGCGUGAAUUUUGUAAAUGAAGGUUGUGAGAAAUUUAGGCAGAGGCUUCUCCAUGAAAGUAUGGAACAAAGAUUAUCUUGGCAGCAGCAGCAGUUUGCUUUAGUAUAUGAUAAGUUGUGCAAAAAUGGUGGGCUUUGACGUUUAUUUUCCCUUUCUUCCAUCUUUGUCUAGAAAACUUGCUUGGUUGAUGAGUUAAGAAGCCUGGUUUUUAGAGUAAAUAUAUGUCAUAUUUUGGGAGUAUUUUAUUGAGAUAUUUGACAGUUGGACUCUGCUAUUGUGAAAGGGAUUCUUUAAUUUAAUAAGUUGGAUCUGAUGAUUUAGUGGCUUUAAAGCUUUUAUUCUGUUCA